UGUGGUGGUCCCAGCAGAGCCAGCCUGAGCAUUGGGAGAUUCAUCCACAGGGGAGUACAGCCUUCAAACACUGGCAAACAUGAUGAUGAUGAAAGUAGAAGAGCUGGUGACUGGGAAGAAAACUGACGAUAAAGAUACCGGCAGCUUCCUCCCAGAGGACUUCAAAACUGGAGAGUAUGAAGCUGCUGUAAAAUUAGAGAAGCAAGAUGACCUAAAGACAGCCUCUGAUCACCUACUAACCCAAGUAGACAUGGCUCCCGGGAAGCAGAAGCAUGAGGCAGAGUUGAAGAUGAAAAAACUACAGGAGAAAUCAAAACUCGAAAGCUUGGAGGACCUUGAAAAAAUUAUUCAGCUGAAGAAGAAGAAGAAAUGCAGGAAAGUGAAAGCUCCCCUUUUAAAGGAACCCGAACCAGAAGUUAUUACAGGGCCAGUGGACAUAGCCAUGUUCUUCAGAGCUGCACUGGAGAAUAAGUUGCCAGUCAUUGAAAAAUAUUUGUCAGACAAAGGAGAUCCCAAUGUCUGUGAUGAGUACAAGCGUACUGCAUUGCACAGGGCAUGCUCUGAAGGACAUCUAGAGGUGGUCAAGAAGUUGGUGGAAGCUGGAGCCCUGCUUGAACUGAAAGAUAUGCUUGAAUCUACUGCCUUGCACUGGGCAUGCCGGGGAGGAAGCCUGGAUAUUGUGAAAUUCUUACUGGACAAAGGAAUAAACAGAAACGCAAGAGACAAGCUACGCAGCACCCCACUGCACGUAGCUGUGAGAACAGGGCAGUACGACUGUGCCGAGCACCUCAUUGCUUGCGAAGCAGACCUCAACGCCAGAGACAGAGAAGGUGACACACCAAUGCAUGACGCUGUCAGGCUGAACCGCUACAAAAUGGUCCGGCUUUUGAUUCUCUACGGGGCAGAUCUUACCAUUAAGAAUGGCGAUGGAAAAACCCCUAUGGACCUCGUUCUUCAGUGGCAGAAUGGCACCAAAGAGCUGUUCAACAAUCUGAAGAACAACUCCUAUAAGAGCACCCAACUAAACAAGUUUUGAAGAGACAAAAGCCAGACUGCUCUCUUUUUGCUGCUUUUAAAUGCUUCGCAUGAUCCUGGAGGAAAAUAGCCCUGAACAUACUAUAUUUAUUGAAGAUAUUUAUUGUACUAAAUUAUUUGAAUUGCCUUCACUGAAAAUGACAAUUCAGGCAGAUUGAGAAUUAAGUUUCCACUGGUUUUAAAAUAGCUUUAUUUAUUCCUAUUUAUUUCAAGGGUAAUUUUUAAUGGUUCUCAGUAUUAAUUUUUUUAUAGUUUUAAAUUGCAAUGCAAUCUUUAUCAGCAACAUGAGCCAUUUUAUCUUGAUGGCACUAUUACCAACCUUAGCAACUUCCAUCAAGCCUUCCCACAGUUCUCAGUAGCUAAUAUUUGCAAUUGCUGCCAUGCCUCUGCAAAAUUCUCACUUUCAGAAAACUGUAUUACGUGAGUGGUGAUAUGUGGAAGAGAAAAGGAGUAAUGGAAGAAGGUCUGCUGAGACCCCAAGUGGAUUUAAAGGAAUAGCUAAGUAAUGGGGUUUAAACGUGCUAUAGUGAUAGUGGCUGAUAAAGAGCUCACGGACAGAGCUCCAUCAUGUAGCCAUAUGGACUGCAGGAUUCAGAUGCAACGUGAUGAAGGUGAGAGGAGACGGUAUUGGAAAUGUGGAUUUCUUAAAGCUGGACUACUACAAAGUCCGAUGAUCGAAGAAUGUAAAAAACAGAUGAUGUAUAUUUGUAAAUUUGUACUGCUUUUUCUGUACAUUUUGUACUGACUUAUCUCAGAUUAAAUAAACAGCGUGGUUCUUUGUA